AUGAGGAUGGACUUUCGGAUCAUCGCACUCAUUUCUCUCAUUCCCUUUUCCUAUCCUCAAUUCAUUCGAAUACAUGACAUUUCGAAUAAUCCGGGUGCGUUAAUUAUGAAAGUUGGAGAAGGAAGAAUUAGUUUAGGCUAUGAUAAGGUUUUGCACAUUAUAGAAUUAAAUCAACCUCAGCAAAGCAAUGUUGCUUUCAAAACCAAACCCGUUUUUUUAAAAGAAGGUUCCCACAUGCUAAUUCUCAAAUUCAAUCUGUAUCCAUUUAGAAUUAUCUUAAAACAAUAUAAAACAAUUAUCAACAAACUAGAAGAAAAUUCAAAUAUUAUCGAAAUAGUCAACAUUUUAAAACAAAAACAUAGCCAAGCUUAUUUUGUACUAGAAAAUCUAACUAUAAAACGAAGGAAAGCAAAAAGAUCUCUCAAUUUUCUUGGAUCUACUAUAAAAAUGAUAACGGGAAACCUUGAUAAUGAAGAUUUACUCAAAAUUGAAAAUCAAUUGGAAUCUUUGAAAUAUUCAAACAAUGCUUUAAUUACAGAAAACAAUGAACAGGUCACAGUAAAAGUUAUUUGGAACAUCAUCUUCAACAUCGAUAUGAUCCACCACCAGCUGAUGCCAAUCUUCGAAUCAAUACAACUAUCGAAACUUGGUAUAAUAUCAAAAACGUUCUUACAACCUCCAGAACUGGAAUUUACAACGCAACUGUUGGAAUCAAAAGGCAUAUCAAUUGAAAGCUACGAUCAAACUUAUGAGUUUCUGGAACCCGUAGCUUUUCAUAACGAUUCAGACAUAAUAGUCCUCAUCAAAAUUCCCAAGCUUAGACGAGGAGAAUAUGUACAACUUCAUAUAGAAACCAUUCCCAUAAACGGCAAAAUCAUCGCAAUAAACGCUACCAACGCUAUUGUUGGCAACAACGAAUCGUAUCUGGUAGAACAUCCAUGCAAUAACAUUGAGAAAAACAGUAUUUGUGACAUACAAAAUCUCUUCAACAUAUCCAACGACAAAUGUCUCCAUCCAAUAUUACGAGGAAAUCCUGGUACUUGUACUUUUACAAAGCCAUCAACGCUCUCGAAGUUCAAAUCAAUCGAAAACCUUGGAGUACUGAUAAAAAACUCCAUUGAACCAACACUUAUGCAGAACAGUUGUGGUUUUGGAUCAAGAAAUCUGACAGGAACAUACCUUGUGUCAUUCGAAAAUUGCUCCAUAAAACUCAAUGGAACGCAGUUCAACAACAAGAUUUUCAAAGGAAAAACCAAACCCACUAUCCUUUUACUCCAUUUAGUGAACGUAAAUGAAUCAGAAUUAAUAUCUGAGCCCAUCACCAAUUUGGAACUGUUACACGUACAUAACCGUCAUAAGCUAGAGCAUCUAGAAACCAUUACAAAAAGGACCAGAGUAUUCAACAUUGGAGCCAUAGUUUUAAUCACAUGUCUCGUCAUAACCUUCGUUACACUCAUCAUAAGAGAAGUCUGCAAACUUAAGCUGAAACUAAUCAUUCGAAUUCCAAUAGACAAAGUUGCAGACAGCUCACAAUCAGGAUUGAACCGAGACGGUUCAAUCUAA